GCAGAGCAAGCUCUCUCUACGGUUCCGCGACCACACAGCUCAACAACGGUGGUGACCGCGUAAUUAGCCCGCGUGAUUAGCGCAUCUGACGUGUUUGCAGUCACCUAUAAUACUGUUGUUGCCAUCCGAAAGCGCGCACCGUCUUAGCGGUACCAUCAAAGUCCGCUCUCGUCUCGAGGUCGAGUCGGCAAAACAAUGUCGCUUCGACGCGCCGCUACGCUCUUUGCUCGUAGCUUUGCGGAGUCAGCCUCGUCGCUGCCGGUGGAGGCUGGCGUCGGAGCACGGCUUUGUACCGGCGCGUCCACGUCUGGGCGGCAGGCGUGGCCUGGGGCAGCAGCAGGCGUGUACGCGCGGGGGCCGGUUGCAUGGUCGGCGGGGCCUGCCGCGGCGGGGACGCGCUCGGCACACAGCCGGUCCAGCACCAAGUACACGCCAGCGGAGCUGGGGCUCUAUUGGGGCGCGGCGGCUGUGUUCAUGGUGGGCGUGUCGUACGCCUCCGUGCCGCUGUACAAGCUCUUCUGCGCGGCCACGGGAUACGGAGGCACUGUGCGCGCCGGCGAGUCGGUGGAGGAGAAGCUGCAGCGGCGGCGUGACGCGCCCAACGCCAAGGUCGAGGAGGCCGCAUCCAAGCGCGAGCUGCGCGUGUGGUUCAACGCCGACGUGGCGGACGACAUGCCCUGGGACUUCAGGCCCACGCAGGAGUACGUGCGCGUGCGCCCCGGGCAGUCCACACUCGUGUUCUUCACCGCGCACAACAAGAGUGACAAGCCCGUGACAGGCUACUCGCUGUACAACGUGACGCCCGACAAGGCCGCCUUCUACUUCAACAAGAUCCAGUGCUUCUGCUUCGAGGAGCAGCGCCUGCGCCCCGGCGAGCAGCUGGACAUGCCCGUGUUCUUCUACGUGGACCCCGAGUUCGCCACCGACUGGAACUGCCGCAACAUCAACGACAUCACCCUGUCGUACGUCUUCAACAAGGUGGAGGGCGAGGAGGACGAGGAGGAUGACGGCCGGCCCAGCGUCGUCAAACUGCACUCCGGGCCGCACCCGGCGGCGGCGGCGGCGGCGGCUGUGGGCAUGCCCAUGCCCGUGCCGGUGGCGGUCGCAGCAGCGGCGGGGACUGCGCCGCGGGCGGCCUAGGUCCGGGCCGUGAGAGCCCGUGGCGCCCUGGGGCUUCCACAGGCUGUGUACGGCUGGUAGGCUGCGGCAGUGCUGUACGUGACGGGCAGCAUAGCAAGAGCCACUGCGGUGUUGUGACCAGUGGCUUCUGACUAGCGAGCUAGUGACAUGGUGUGUGUGUGGCCGGGGUGCGUCCACUGCACUGUUGUAGGUAGCAGCGGAAUGCAUGUGGGGGAUGUUACGUGAUCUUUUGGAGUCAUAGCUAGGCUGGCUGAUCCAAGCUGAGGGCGGGCAAUACUCAUACAUGCCUCCGAAUGCCCAUGAACGGCCAAGCAUUCUGCAACUAGCGCGACAAGCAACUGCUUUGCCCAGCCCCGUUCGGGUUGGGCACAUCUUGCUGAAGCGCAGAGGCUGGCGACGUGACUGGAUUGAAGAUUUGAAGUGGUGAUGGCCUGGCCUGGUGCGUGUUAAAGUUUUGUGGCCCAUCGACGUGCGGCGUUGUGCGGCGUGACUUGGGCUUAAGCGACUUGUGACUGCGGGCUUGUGCACCCGCUUGCGGCACCACGCCAGCACGCAUUACCUGGCCUGAUGGGUUAGGGCACCCCUGGGUUCGGGUGCCUUGCGUGACGGAAUUCUGUCGGAAGGCUUCUUGACGCACAUUCGGAGAACACAGGAGCCCAGUUUACACUCGCUGCCACUUGGGUCGAGUCCAGGCCUUCAGGGCCUGGGGUCUGCGCGGGGUCAGAAACUACUGGCGGGGGCGAUGGGUAGCGGGGUCUCAUGACAGGGGGGGGGGGGUUACAUUCAUGAUUAAUUAAGAAGUGAAGUCGUAGGCAGGUACAGUUGCAGCGUAGACGCGUUGUUACCGAUGUCCGUGGAGUCCAGCGGCCAGCUCCAGCGCGUAGACCCGCCAGGCUGCUGCUGGGGGGGGGGGGUAGAAUCUUCCAAAACAGACCCCAUGCUUCAAAUGGAUAGAGCUCAACGAGAAAAUCAAACGAAUCCGCUUUCAAAAUUGAAAAUGGG